UUUGGUUGGCGAAAACUGAUUCGGGGAAGGAUCCUCGGUGCUCGGAGAGAUUGUCCACUAUCGGUCACCGUUGCUUCUCUGUCGGUGCUGUUUCGUUCACGGAAGGAUUUCCAAUGCUCGAGAGAUUGUCAGCCAUCGAUAAUCGCCACUUCUCCGUUGGUGCUGCUUUCGUUCGCGGAAGAACAUCAAAGAUUUCUCUCUCGAUUCGAUUCGAAAUCACGACUCUUCUCUUGCUCUUUGACCAGAUAUCCUUUUUCAACUUUCUCGCUCUUCCAUCAGCCAUCAACUCCUAUCAAUCGAUGGCGGCGAAUCCACCACCAGACCUUCAAGAGUCGUCGGCCACGGCUUCGAAUCCGAACCAGUUCUUGGCUGGAAGAACAGGAGAUGCUCUAGUUCCAGAUUUAGAAUUGGCUAUCCAGAGGCGGACGGACAUGUCGAACGGAUUUUUGAACUCCGAAGGAGACCCAAAUGCACCUCGACAAGCACAUAAUUGGUGGCUCUCUGGUGAAUUUGCCGGUCGCGAAGGAGCCUUCCUCUUCGUCAGCAUUGUCCUCGCCAUAGUUUCGGGCGCCGCGGGCCUGAUUUAUCUUGCUAUCAAGCAUCCCGGGCCUGUUCUCAAAAUCAUGGCAUCUCUAUUCACUGGGGCAGUAUUUGUUACUCUGUUCUUGCUGCUAGUUGGAUGGACGCGCGGCUAUGGCAAAAUGGUGCGCAUAGGGGUGCUGUUGGCCCGCCUCGAAUUCUAUCUGUGGCUGAUCUUGACCUUGGUUGCGAUGAAGUGCAUUGGUAAAUUGUGACCAGGAGGAAGAGGGUUCAGCGUGUGCAUAGAUUUUCUUUGGUUCUGUUAUAAGGUCUUUCAUAGAGUGAUUUUGUUACUUCAUCGUAGGGUUGGAAAUUGCUGCUUCUUUUUUCCCGUGUCUGCAUCUUCUUCUUCUUCUUUUCCGCACUUUGUUUGGUCCUUUGUUACUCAAAUUCAAUUCCCCAGGAUUUUCUCUUUU